GGCGGCCCUGCUUCCCCUUGAGCCGCCCCUCACCGCGCCGAGCGGGCCGCGGAGGCCGCUGGCUCUGUGUGGCAGCGCGGGGCUCAGCCCGUGCCGUGUCCGUGGGACACGCGUGGCUCUCCGGUAACUGCCUGCUGGUGAUUUCCCCCUUCCCAGCGCCUCGGAGCGCUGCGGGAGCGGCCGCGUGUGAGCGGCAUGGUUCGGAGCCCUUCCGGGCAAAGGCCGGCAGAAUCAUGAUCCGUUUCACAGUCACUUUGACAGACAACUCGCUGCAGUGCUGUGUCGGGAAAUGGACUGGGACCAGUUUGACUUGAACCCUAAAGUGAUUGCUGCCCUUAAGAAAGCUGACAUAAAAUCAAUAAAAGAGAUUUUUAAUCUCUCUGGAGCAGACUUGCAAAGAUUGAUGAAACUAUCCAGUGCAGAUAUCCAGUGCUUGCUGAAAACAGUCUCUCACACGCUGAGGAAGAAUAGUAUGUGUACAGCACUUCAGCUCUACCAAGAUAAAGACCAUCUCACCUCCCAGCACCAGAAGCUAAGCCUAGGAUGUCCAGUCCUAGAUACCUUGUUAAAAGGUGGCAUUCCUUUAGUGGGGAUCACAGAACUUGCUGGGGAAAGCUCUGCUGGGAAGACUCAGAUUGGUUUACAGCUCUGCCUCUGUGUGCAGUAUCCUUACAAAUAUGGUGGAUUAGAGUCUGGAGCUGUCUACAUUUGUACAGAAGAUGUAUUCCCAAGCAAACGUUUGCAACAACUCAUAGAUCAGCAACACAAGCUGCGUGCAGACGUUCCAGCUGAAAUCAUCCAGAGGAUCAGAUUUGGAAACAGUAUCUUUGUUGAGCAUGCAGCUGACCUGGAGACGCUGCGGCGGUGCGUGACGCGGCGGCUGCCGCUGCUGCUGGCGCGCGGCAUGGUGCGGCUGCUGCUCCUCGACUCCGUCGCCGCCUUGUUUCGCUGCGAGUUCGGAGCCUCCGAGUCCGUUGCCAAGGCCCGCUAUCUGCAGACGGUUGGAGCACAGCUUCACAGUUUAAGCACGAGGUUCAGGACUCCAGUCUUGUGCAUCAAUCAGGUGACUGAUGCAGUGGGUGAGUCAGAAGCUGCUCAGGGCAGCUGGAGCACAGUGGAUAACAGAGUCUCUCCAGCACUUGGAAUAACCUGGGCAAAUCAGCUGCUAAUGAGACUGAUGGUCAGCCGAGUACCACAACCUGAGCAAUCCCCUGGAGCUCUGGCACAGCACACAGGAAGCCUCAGGACUUUAACAGUAGUUUUUGCUCCUCAUCUCCCUCCAUCCUCUUGCUACUACACAGUAAAACUGGAAGGUGUAAAAGGAAUCAAGUAAAUCCUUUGCAUAGUAAAGCAGCCUGCUCCAAAAAUGCAUCCAAACUACUUGACUUCAGGAAGAAUUAUUAGGGAUGGGAGAAAUGGACUCUGAAACACAGCAAUGGUGAUGUGACCACAUAAAGCCUUCUCUACACCCUGAAAGAAGAGCUUUUUAGUCUUGGAUACACAUUCACCAGCUUUUCCUCGUGAGAGAGGAGUAUUGUGGAGGAGUCAAGCUGGGGACAGGCAGAGGCUGCAUAGGGAGGUGGGAUGUGGCAGUCCCCACAUCAGGGGAGAUUUGGUUUCUAACUUUACCAGCAUGCUAAAAUAGCAACAGCAUUUACUGCACUUGGGUACCUUCUCUGUUUCCAGACUCAAAGGGAUGCGAACUCAAGCAGCUAAUAAUUCUUGCUGGUGUCUUGCUGUAGGGCCUUGGAAAUAACAUAAAGCAGACAUCCUGUUUUAAAACCACAUUAUUAAUAUUAGGAUUUUAAAUACCAGAAAGAUACUUGAUUUGAACAUUUCUCUGAAAGAAUUAAACUUGUACUGCUUUUGUACUGUAUGGGCAGAGCUUCAUACAAGCUCUAUGGCAUCACAGAAUCAAUACAGUUGGGAAAGACCUUUUAGGGUCAAGUCCAGCCCCUACAGAUUUCUUUGUAAAUGAUUGUUUUCCAUUGCAAAAGCCUCUUCAUUUAAAACUUAAACCCCCUCUUCCCCUCACUGUGUUUGCUCAGUGCUGGAGCUGUGUAAGCAGCCAGGUUCAGAGCAAGGCUGACACGUGGGGCUGGACAGCAUUCCUGCCCCUGGCACUGUCUGCCCUUACAGGCUCGCAGCUGCCCUGGGCACCCCAAGGGCACCUUCACCAUUAAGCUGUUACUCUCAGUUUGGGGGUUUUUCGUUGCUGUUUGCACUUUACAUGUUUUCCUUUCCCUCUCUGCACUAUUUAUCACAUCUUUUCCUGUUGUCCUCAGCCCACUGCUAUGACAGCAGCUUCUUCUAGCCCCUGCUGAUUUCAGUGUGAAAGCAGGCUGAAGCACAAGUUGCUCACACAUGUUUUCCAUAGGCCACACUAGACUAUUCUCUUCCCUCCCUGGCCUGUGUCUGGGACAGGAUCUUUGGCCAAUACAUUGCUCAUCCUAUUGUACUCAUGUGAUUGAAAUAAAGCCCCAGAGCGAUGUCACUGAUUAAUGGGCCUCACUCAACCCCAAACUUGAACUUCAUUUACUCAAAGAGCCUCAUACCAAAGCCCAGUGUGUACUCCCACUCACCAUAAAUCACAGCCAGAACAGUGUGAUACGCACCUUAAGGCUCAGUUUUGUAAUAUUUUGGUAACUUUUACCACUGUAGCUGCUUGCAGGAAUGAAACCCAAGUGCUAAAGUAACCAGAACUCACAGCUGUAACCAAAAAUCACAGUUCCCUUGAAGAGAAACACUUUUACAAGCAAACUUCAAUAAAAUCUUA